UUAAUGCAUCUUACUUUAAAAUUUUUGAAUCAGCAACCUAAAAAGUUUGCAAAAAGAUUGGCCAAGCAGAUUGCCGAUUACGCUGCUGGUUCUCAUAUGGCUAAAAAACAAAUUAACAUCCCAGACUCCGAUACACUUAUUGAUCGGUUAAAACUCGAGGAUUUAUUGAAAAGGCGUUUCUUUUAUGAUCAAAGUUUUGCAAUCUAUGGAGGUGUUGGAGGACUUUAUGAUUACGGUCCGAUGGGUUGUGCUCUUAAACAAAACAUGAUCCAGCUGUGGAGGACACAUUUUAUUUUGGAGGAAGCAAUGUUAGAAGUUGAAUGUUCUUCUUUAACGCCGGAAAGUGUGCUGAAGGCUUCUGGACAUGUUGAUCGAUUUGUUGAUUGGAUGGUAAAAGACAAGGUGACUGGUGCUUGCUUUCGUGCAGAUCAUUUGAUAAAAAAUCAUGCAGAAGCAAUCAUUAAGGACAAAAAAGCACCUGAAAAUAUAAAGAAGGAACUCGAAAACGUCCUUAUUCGUUUGGAUGGAAUGAGUUGUGCCGACUUGGGUGAAACUAUUCGGAAAUAUGACUUCAAAUCACCGCUUACUGGAAAUGAUGUUACCGAGCCUGUAUCUUUCAAUCUAAUGUUUCCUACACAGAUAGGGCCAACAGGCGAUUUUUCUGCAUUUUUGCGUCCUGAGACUGCGCAGGGAAUUUUUAUUAAUUUCAAGAGACUCCUUGAAUUUAAUCAGGGUAGACUUCCCUUUGCUGCUGCUCAAGUUGGAACUGGAUUCCGAAAUGAAAUUUCGCCUAGGCAAGGACUUGUCCGUGUACGUGAAUUUACAAUGUGUGAGAUCGAACAUUUUGUUGAUCCGUCUGAUAAGAAUCACCCAAAAUUCGAAAAGGUUGCCGACAUUGAAUUGACACUAUUCUCAGCGUGUAAUCAGUUGAAUGAGAAAGGAACAGAAAAGUGGCGAGCGGCAUGGUUGACAAUGAGACACUUGGAUAUUAUAUGGCUCGUACUCAUCUUUUCCUUCUCAAUGUUGGAUUGCUGGGAUGCUGAAUGUUUAACUACUCACGGAUGGAUUGAAAGUGUUGGCAUUGCUGAUCGGUCAUGUUAUGAUUUGCAUCAACAUUCAAAAGCUACUGGAGUCAAAUUAGUUGCUGAGAAAAAACUUGCCGAAUCAAAACAAGUUGACGUUGUAGAAGCAGUGCCUAAUAAAGCUGCUAUUGGAAAGUUGUUCAAGAAUGAAUCUAAAAAGAUAAUUGAUUUACUAAAGAAUUUAUCUCUAGAGCAAGUCGAUGAAUUGGAUGAUUCACUUAAAAACAAUGGAAAAUAUUCUGUCAAAAUUUCUGAUGAUAAAACAAUCGAAUUGGACUCUACGCAUGUUGAAGUUAGGAAAUAUUUAAAAACUGUUCACGUGGAAGAUGUUACUCCAUCAGUCAUAGAGCCUUCAUUUGGUAUUGGUCGUGUGAUGUACGCCGUCUUGGAACAUUCAUUUAGACAAAGGGAAGGUGAUGAAAAGCGUUCGUAUCUUGAAUUGGCGCCAAGUAUAGCUCCUAUAAAGUGCUCGAUUCUGCCUAUAAGUUCAAAUAAGCGAUUGGAUCCAAUAAUUCAAGCAGUUCGUGAAGAGCUUACAAGUCGGGAAAUCAGUUCAAAAAUUGACGAUAGUAUGGGCUCAAUUGGAAGACGGUAUGCGCGAACUGAUGAAAUUGGUAUUCCAUUUGGUGUGACAGUUGAUUUUGAUUCGGAGGUUGAACCAUGGACUGUUACUCUACGAUAUAGUGUCACUAUGCAACAGAUUCGUCUUAAGGUUACUGAGGUUGGGGAUUUGGUUGCUCAACUCGUAAAAGGGAAAAUGAACUGGGAGAACGCGUGUCAAAAGUUUCCAAUUUUCAAUGCAUCCCAAGACAAUGAUUGA